AUGGAUUAUCGCGGGAAGAUCAUCGUUGUGACGGGAGCGGCGCACGGGCUGGGAAAGGGUGUUGCUCUAGCAUAUGCAAAAGCUGGCGCCCGUGUCAUCUUGGCCGACAUCCAACAAGAGCUCCAAAUGCCUGUCGUGGAAUCCCUACGCAAAUCCGGACUUGAAGCGUACGCUUACAAGUGCGAUGUCAGCAAUGAUGAAUCCGUGGCCACCUUCGCCGCCCGAGUUGAGAGCGAAAUUGGCACUCCCGACAUCAUCCACAACAACGCCGUCUUCAUUCGGAGCGCAUCAAUUUUUGAUCUAGAGCUGGAGAGUCUCAGGAGACAAGUGGAAGUCAAUGUCUUCGGAUACAUCCGCAUCAUCAAGGCUUUUCUUGCCAAGAUGGUGGCUCGUGGCUCGGGAUGGAUUGUAAACACGGCAUCGCCUAAUGGUCUCACGCCAGAACCGACUGUUGCUCUCAACCUGCUGCCUUACUGCAUAUGCAAAUCUGCCGAUAUAUCUCUGAGCCAAAGCUUGGCAGUGGCUCUCAAACCCCACGGAAUAGGCGUCAGCGUCAUUUUCCCUGACGUCACUUACACAGACACUGUACAUGAUCUGAAUGGCUCGUCGUCAGCUGAGUUCAAUCAGGGCUUUGCAUUAUUUCUGAAGCAGAAUGGGAAAGAUGCUGAUUCAGAGGGACAGCGGAUUGUGGAUGAGGUUGCGAAGAAGAACUUCUUUACCAGCGUUGCUCCAAAGUUCGGAGAUAUUUUGUCUGAAUGGGCUGCAAAUGGCAUGGACCCUCUAGCAGAUUAUAAGUUGUCCCUGGUAUGA